UCUGCCGUCGCAUUUCAAAAACCCAAAUCCCCAAACCCUCGCAGCCGGUUCCGUCAGCGGCGGCCACCUGCCCCCAUGGACGGCGGUGACCACGGGCACCGGUGCAGGUGUCCCCAUGGACCGCGGUGCACUUGCGGACCGCGCCAUGGAGGCCUCGCGGCGGCGGCCCUGGACCCCCGUGUGCGGGCCUUCCCCAUGGACGCCGCGACGCAGGCCAUGUAUCGGGAGCACGGCAUGGACCCGGUCACCCUCGAGUCCGACGUCACCACCGCCAUGACCUUCCUCCACUAUGUCCUCCCCAAGCCUUCCCUCUCCAACCGCGCCGCCCUCUCCGCCGCCUUUCUCCCGCCCCAGGACGACGGCGGCGUCGACCGCAUCAGCGGCAUCCCCGAGGAGCUCCUCCGCAACAUCGUCUCCCGCCUCCCCGCCAAGGACGGCGCGCGCACCGCCGCGCUGUCCUGCCGCUGGCGCCGGGUCUGGCUCUCCACCCCGCUCGUCCUCGUCGACGCCGACCUCCUCCCCGCCGGAUGCGGCUCCAGCCUGCGGGUCGAGCGCGCCCACGCGCAGCGCGUCGAGUCCGCCAUCACCCGCAUCCUCGAGGCGCACCCGGGGCCCUUCCGCUUCGUCCACCUCAUCUCAUGCCACAUGCAGGAGACCCCCGGCCUGCUCGCGCGCUGGCUCCAGCUCCUCGCCGUCAAGGGCAUCCGGGAGCUCAUGCUCGUCAACCGCCCGUGGCCGCUCGACAUGGCCCUCCCCGCCACCUUCUUCGGCAUGGCGACCCUCACCCGCCUGUACCUUGGCACCCUUGCCUUCCCUAACACGGCCGACCUCCCGCGCGGAGUGUCAUUCCCACACCUCCGCGAGCUGGGCCUCUUGGGCAUGGCCAUUAUGAACCGGGACAUGGACUUCGUCCUCGCCAGGAGCCCUGUGCUGGAGAUCCUCUGCAUCCAAGCCAACGUUCUGCUCAAGUGGCUCAGCCUCGUCAGCCGCAGCCUCCGGUGCGUGCAGAUCAUAGAAGGCAUCGAUCUGAAUAUCGUCGUCAAGAACGCCCCUAGCCUUGAGAGGGUCAUCAUCUGGACAUCAUCGGCCCGCGAUGGCCUGCACAGGAUGGUCAAGAUCGGCCAUGCCCCUGCGCUGAGCUUACUUGGCUACUUGGAGCCGGCACGACACCUGCUAGAGAUCGGCAACACCAUCAUCAAGGCUGGGACGAAGGCAAGCCCAAACACCACGGUCCCGAGCGUUAAGAUCCUCAGCUUAAGAGUGUGCUUUGGUGUCCGCAACGAUGCUAAGAUGCUGCCGAGCUUCCUCAGAUGCUUUCCCAACGUCGAGAGGCUACAUCUCGAGUCCAAUGAGACUGAUGAGCCCACAGGCAAGCUCAACAACAAGUUCUGGCACGAGGCCGGCGCCAUCGAGUGCAUCCAGUCACACCUUAAGCUGAUGGUCUUCUACGCCUUCCGAGGGGAGCGUGUUGAGCUCUCCUUCCUCAAGUUCGUCCUGGAGAGCGCUCGGAUGCUGACGAAGCUGGUGAUUGUGUUCUGCAAAGGGAGCUUCACUUCCAUGGACGAGGCCAACUCCAAAGUGAAACCUCUGUUCGACGCAAGAUGGGCCAGCCGAGGCUGUUCGCUGGUGCUCUUCGAGAGUCCACUCGUAACGGGAGAUGACAAGUGGGUGCUGAACUUCGAGAGAGGAUCUGAUUUCUCUACCACGGACCCGUUCGCGUGCACUGCUGCUCUUCAGGGCUGCGUCGUCUGAGGAGAAGGCCGGUGUUAACUGAGACUUGGAGAGAGGUUUUGGUUUUUGUACGAGGGGCCCUUUUGAGUUCAUCAUCAGACCAAGCUUAAUUUAUAUUACAUGAACAAAAAACAUGGUUUGUGCUCUGUUGCGGUGUCUACCUGCAAGGCACUGUUUUGAUUCUUAAGCUUGGGUUGCUGAAACCUACAAUUUCUGCUGAUUGUGUUGCUGAAUGCUGGCAGACAGAGAUAUAUUCGUGGGCCAUUUCAUGCUUUACUAA